CGGCUGCUUUCCUGCCUCCAAGGUGGAGCUGACCAGAAUAAUGUUCAACAUCAACCCCCUGGAGAACCUGAAGGUGUACAUCAGCAGCCGGCCUCCCCUGGUGGUCUUUAUGAUCAGUGUGAGCGCCAUGGCAAUAGCUUUCCUGACCCUGGGCUAUUUCUUCAAAAUCAAGGAGAUUAAAUCACCAGAAAUGGCAGAGGAUUGGAAUACUUUUCUGCUACGGUUUAAUGAUUUGGACUUGUGUGUAUCAGAGAAUGAAACAUUAAAGCAUCUCACAAAUGACACCACAACUCCAGAAAGCACAAUGACCAGUGGACAGGCCAGAGCAUCCACCCAGUCCCCCCAGGCCUUGGAGGAUUCAGGCCCAGUUAACAUCUCAGUGGCAAUCACUCUGACCCUGGACCCACUCAAACCCUUCGGAGGGUAUUCACGCAAUGUCACUCACCUGUACUCGACAAUUCUAGGACAUCAAAUUGGACUUUCAGGCAGGGAAGCCCAUGAGGAAAUAAACAUUACCUUUACCCUGCCUACAUCUUGGAACUCGGAGGACUGUGCUCUUCACGGUCACUGUGAGCAGGUGGUGUUCACAGCCUGCAUGACCCUCACGGCCACCCCUGGUGUGUUCCCCGUCACUGUGCAGCCACCGCACUGUGUUCCUGACACAUACAGCAAUGCCACGCUCUGGUACAAGAUCUUCACAACUGCCAGAGAUGCCAACACAAAAUAUGCUCAAGAUUACAAUCCCUUCUGGUGUUAUAAGGGGGCCAUUGGAAAAGUCUAUCAUGCUUUAAAUCCCAAGCUUACAGUUAUUGUUCCAGAUGAUGACCGUUCAUUAAUAAAUUUGCAUCUCAUGCACACCAGUUAUUUUCUCUUCGUGAUGGUGAUAACGAUGUUUUGCUAUGCUGUUAUCAAAGGCAGACCCAGCAAAUUGCGUCAGAGCAAUCCUGAAUUUUGUCCUGAGAAGGUGGCUUUGGCUGAAGCCUAAUCCCACAGCUCCUUGUUUUUGAGGAAGACUGAGAGAACCAUAAUCAUUGCCUGCUGAACCCAGCCUGGGCCUGGACACUCUGUGAAUACAUUAUCUUGCAAUGUUGGGUUAUUCCAGCCAAAGACAUUUCAAGUGCCUGUAACUGAUUUGUACAUAUUUAUAAAAAUCUAUUCGGGAAUUGGUCCAAUGAUGCACGUGCUUUGCACUGGGUGCAGCCAGAGCCCUUCAACCUCACCUGUGGACUCGUGGACCUGGUGGGAUAUUUCAGUGUAGCACUAGAGAGGAUUUGUGGGUCUUGCUGCAUUGGAGCAGGUCAUGAUAUUUUUCCCAAGGUCAUAGGCACAUUUUGUUGCUGGUGGGGUUGAAGUUUGAUUUGGUUCUUGUUUCAUCUUGAUAUGUACAGAAUGUUUGAAGCAGUCUGCACCUUUGAUAUGAUAUUGCAUUUCCAAAGCCACCAAUCCAUUUUGUGGAUUUUAUGUGUCUGUGGCUUAAUAAUCAUAGUAACAAGAGUAAUACCUUUUUUUCCAUUUUGCUUGCAAGGAAACAUACCCAUCUAAGUUUAUUUUUUUUUCUUUUUGAAGAAAAAUAAAAUAGUCACAUUUUAAUACUACUCUAGUUAGGACAGACUUGUGCUUUUAUUCUGAGUAAAAAGUUAAAUAUUUAAAGUCACCUACAUGGUAAAGAUCUAAGUUUCAUUUUCCACAUGGUUGGUGAGGAACCUUGUCUUGUUUGAGUUGGCACAGAAUGUUCUCUCUUUUGGUUCUCUGUUGCCCCUUCCCUCUAUUAUGAAAGUUAAAGCAGCUUCCUCACUCAAAGGGCUUAAAAAUUAAGUAUAUGGCUCUAAGAGUAAGAGUAAUAAUGAGCUGUUCUGCUUUCUGGACUGCAGAUGACUGUAUGGAAAAAGAGAAUGAUGGUUUAGUCUAAUAGUCAUGAAAGGGUUUCUUGUUUUUUUUGAAGAGUGGGUGGAUUUUCUUUCUUCCUUUUUUUUUUUGGCACUUAUUUUUAUGCAACUAACAUCUCUUCAGAAGGCAAAUGGCAAUUAGCAAAUCAGUAACAUUAUGAAAACGAUGCCUGUGAAGUUUGAAGGAAUGCAAUUCUGAUUUGUCAUUUAUUAGAGAAAACCAAAAGCAUUUUUUAUAACAUUUAAUCAUCUAGUUCCUCUUCCCUUUUACCCUUCUAAUCCUUCUUCAUUUUUUAAGGAAACUGCAUUACAUUUUUUUGUCCUUUCUUGUUACUUGUAUUCUUACUGUUUUUCUUAAUAACUCAUUGUCAUUAAUGACUUUUGUGAUCUCCCAGGCAGUGUUAUAACAGAAGGGCAAUUAAAACCGUGGAGAUGACUCUCAGCGCUUCUUUUCCUUAACUGUAGGUCUGUAGUCUGUUCUAAACUAGAAUUAGUUCCUGAGGUCUGGAAUACAUUGGCCUAGAACACUUUAUCCCAGGCAUUCCUGAAUAGAAAACAAUUGUGGGCUUUUACUGAGGAUUGUUAAAAUAAUCACUGUAGUAACUUGAUACAUUGGUAUUUCUUUUUUUCCUUUUAGUAUAUUUCAAGCACACUAAUCGUAUUUGUCUAUCCAGUCUUGUUUUUUUUUUUGUAUGAUACAAGUUGUUUGUGUGAUGCAUGGCUAACUUGUUAAUUUAGUUUUCUCUUUAGAGACCCUUAUGAGACAAGACGGAGAGAGCGUCAUUUGGCUUGGCCUUUAGAAACGUCAGUAUCAUUAGGACCAUCAGAUUUUUAGACUAAGCUGCUACUGAAUCAAUAAAAUUCCAAUGAAGCAGAGUUAUAGGGAUGGAUUUAUAACUGGCAGAGUAGUAUAAAAGGAAAAAGACAAGUGAAAAAAGUCAGUUUCACUGGUUGAUUCGAUCCAGCUUGUUGCUAGUAUUAAUUACCCUUGUUUUAAUUACAGGGAAUGGCUAGGAUCUAUAGCCAGGGGAGGAAUGACACAGUUAGGCAUGAGGAAAGGAAGUGCCAGAAAUGCCUGGACAAUAUGGUUUGUCUGAAGGCCAGGACACACACUUUAAAGUCCCACAUUCACCCUACCAGGUAAUUCUCAAAGAUCUUAUAGAAACACAGAGUCACUCAGCUGUAUAAAGGAAGACUGGGGAAGAGAGGCGGCCGUGGGACCAGGGUUAAGAGGCUUCAUACCUGAAGAGACUUCUGCAGAAUCUUGAGAAGUCCAGGGGACCUGUUACUAUCUGGGCAUUCCAAGACCCAAUCCUCAGCUGCAGCUUGCUGGUGGGCCUCAGGAUUAGAAGAGUGUUGCAGACGGGUCCGUUUGCCAUUCAGGGGUGACCCCACACAGGAGCGAUGGCUCAUCCUCAGGCAUCUUGGACUGGGGGUCCAAUAAAAGGUCAGCAACUAUUAUUAAAAUGAUUGUUUCAGAUCAUAUUGAUCUCUUUCCUUUUUCCUUUUGUCCUUUCACUGUAUGACUUGAAUCAGUUUUGAUUCUAUUGUAAGUUUUUCUUGUUGUCAGGAACCUGCCGUUUCUGUUGCAUUUUCUUUGGCAGUAUGUGGGGAUUCAGCAUCCUGGUUUUUCAACCCUCCUGCAGGCACUGUGGGGUUACGAGGGCCAGCGGAUCCAUUUCACUUAUCUUGCUGCAUGAUGGUCAGUAGCUGAUCUGUUAUGGCAUUCACUCCCAGAUUAAUUUUCCGUGUUUGAAUAUGUGCAUAUGUGCUUUACAGAAUAAAACAUGAAUUUAUUUGCUGUCUCCUC